AGUAAACUUUGGCGGCAUCUGCCCGGCUCAGAUGUUUGCUUUUCCAUCUGUUGAUGUGCUUUUUGGGAGCUCUCCUGCAUGCCAGAGAAAACAUCUAGAAGAAGCACGACGCCAAAUCUCAGCCAUUCCCUCGGGUCCCCAAACCCCACCAGCCUCUAGAGAGGGGAAGGCGAAGCUGAGAUGGAAAACAGACGUGCCUGUAGCGCGCUGGCUUCAGCGGUUCCCAGAGACUAGGGUGGAACAGACAGGGAUUUGGGCUCCCACUCACGAGCCCCCAUACACACGCCCGGCGCGCGGCGCCACCCUUUCUUAGCACUCCUCUCGUCGUCGUAUCUGGAAGUUGGCGCUGGAGAUGGGGCAGUUGCGGUGCUGGCGGACUCCUCCGCGUGUCUAGGGCUUAGCUGACUUUGCGGUCCCCGCGCCUGCAGCUGGCGCGCUCCGCUCGCCGCGAGGGCGGACCUGCGGGGACCGCGCGCGGCUGGGCCGGGGGAGGGGACCGAGCUGGGCUGCGCGCUCCGCGGCGGAGGACCGGGGACGCCGGCGGCAGAGCCAUGACGGACGCCGGCAACAAGAAAGAGGGCUUCAAAAAAUGCCGGAGCGCCACGUUCAGCAUCGAUGGCUACAGCUUCACCAUCGUUGCAAAUGAAGCUGGAGACAAGGCUGCCAGGCCACUUGCCCGCUUCUCCAGGUCUAAGUCGCAGAACUGUGUGUGGAACUCGCUCAUUGAUGGACUCACAGAGAAUGUCAAGGAGAAGCCACGGCCAACCAUUGUCCAUGACCCCCGACCACCGGAGGAAAUCCUAGCCGAUGAGCUGCCUCAGCUCGACAGCCCCGAAGCCUUGGUGAAGACAUCUUUCAGGUUACGGUCUUUGGUCAAACAGUUAGAGAGAGGGGAGAUCGAUGAAACUAGGCGACUCCUGGAUACGGAGGAUGAGCUCAGUGACAUUCAGUCAGACGCGGUGCCUUCCGAGGUCCGAGACUGGCUGGCCUCCACCUUCACGCGGCAGAUGGGGAUGAUGCUCCGGAGGAGCGAGGAGAAGCCGCGGUUCAAGAGCAUCGUGCACGCAGUGCAGGCUGGGAUAUUUGUGGAGAGAAUGUAUCGACGGACAUCCAACAUGGUUGGACUGAGCUACCCACCAGCUGUUAUUGAAGCUCUGAAGGAUGUGGACAAGUGGUCCUUUGAUGUCUUUUCUCUCAAUGAAGCCAGCGGGGAUCAUGCACUGAAAUUCAUUUUCUAUGAGUUACUCACGCGGUAUGACCUGAUCAGCCGUUUCAAGAUUCCCAUUUCUGCACUCGUCUCAUUUGUGGAGGCCCUGGAAGUAGGAUACAGCAAGCAUAAAAAUCCUUACCACAAUUUAAUGCAUGCCGCCGAUGUUACACAGACUGUGCACUACCUCCUCUAUAAGACGGGAGUAGCGAACUGGCUGACCGAGCUGGAGAUCUUCGCUAUCAUCUUCUCAGCAGCCAUCCAUGACUACGAGCACACCGGGACCACCAACAAUUUCCACAUUCAGACCCGGUCUGACCCAGCUAUUCUGUACAACGAUAGGUCUGUAUUGGAAAAUCACCAUUUAAGUGCAGCUUAUCGCCUUCUCCAAGAGGAUGAGGAGAUGAAUAUUUUGAUCAACCUCUCAAAGGAUGACUGGAGGGAAUUUCGGACGUUGGUAAUUGAGAUGGUGAUGGCCACGGAUAUGUCCUGUCAUUUCCAACAAAUCAAAGCAAUGAAAACCGCCCUGCAGCAGCCAGAAGCAAUCGAGAAGCCAAAAGCAUUAUCCUUGAUGCUGCACACAGCAGACAUUAGCCAUCCAGCAAAAGCAUGGACGCUUCAUCAUCGCUGGACCAUGUCUCUCCUGGAGGAAUUCUUCAGACAGGGUGACAGAGAAGCAGAGCUGGGGCUGCCCUUUUCUCCUCUGUGUGACCGAAAGUCGACCAUGGUUGCUCAGUCGCAAGUAGGUUUUAUUGACUUCAUCGUGGAACCCACCUUCACUGUGCUCACGGACAUGACAGAGAAGAUUGUGAAUCCAUUAAUUGAUGAAAGCUCCCAAACUGGCGGAAUGGGACCGAGGCGUUCAAGUUUGAACAGCAUCAGUUUAGCAGAUGCAAAGCGGUCGGGUGUCAAGAGCGCUGGGUCCGAAGGAAGUGCCCCAAUCAACAACUCCGUCAUCCCUGUUGACUAUAAGAGUUUUAAAGCCACUUGGACUGAGGUGGUGCACGUCAAUCGGGAACGAUGGAGGGCCAAGGUGCCCAAAGAGGAGAAGGCUAAGAAGGAAGCCGAGGAAAAGGCUCGCCUGGCUGCAGAGGAGAAGCAAAAGGAGAUGGAAGCCAAAAACCAGGCCGAAGCAGGCGCACCUGGCAAAGCGGAGAAAAAGGCAUCUGGCGAAGCUCAGAAUCAAGUCAAUGGAACCCGCCCCAACAAAAGCCACAACCCCCAUGGGAAAAACUCCAAAGCUGAGACGUCGUCAGGAGAAAAGCAACAGAAUGGUGACUUGAAAGAUGGCAAAAAUAAAGCAGACAAGAAGGAUCAAUCCAAUGUCGGAAAUGAUUCAAAGAAAACAGAUGGUACCAAGAAGCAUUCUCACAGCUCACCAGCCCCGAGCACUAGCUCCACAGGUCGCCUUACAUUGCCAGUCAUCAAGCCUCCUCUGCGCCACUUUAAACGCCCUGCUUAUGCAUCUGGCUCUUACGCACCUUCCGUCCCAAAGAAAACUGAGGAGCAUCCUGUGAGGUACAAGAUGCUGGAUCAGAGGAUCAGAAUGAAAAAGAUUCAGAACAUCUCACACAGCUGGAACAGAAAAUAGAUCCAGGGGAAGAGCAGGCGUGAAGGAGAGGCCUGCUCCUCUGCCUCUCAGCUCACAGCAGCCAGCAGGAUGUGCCUGUGGGGCUGUGCGAUCAUGGUUGACGCCACCAGGGCAAAGUGAAGGCUGUGUGUGAUUUCCCCCUUUGGAGUUCUGUUAUAGACUCAUCGGCUGCUGGAUUUGGGGGUCGAUGCCAACUUCACCAGCAAACCAGUAAGAGCAUUGUCUCAUGAAGCUUUUAUUGGUAUGCAUUUUUCAAAGUCUCAAUUGGACCAAAAUUAAAGUGAUGCAACCUGUUCUGAAAAAAUGAAAUUCCUCCCGUUGACACUAUUUGUAUCCCCAGAAGUUGACUUGCCCCAAUAAGACUAUUGGUUUAAUAAUUAUUGUAUGUAGGAAAUGCACUUCCAAAAACAUCUUUUUUCAACUUUAAAUGCAAUAUUUAAAAUUCAAGUAAACAUGGAACUUUCAAAGUCAAUGCGUCCAAAGCAAAAGUUGUGCUUCUGAAUGUAACGAUCUUAGAGGGAAAAGCAGGCUGAUGACUUGUGUUUGUAGAUAUUUCUGAACUCAGCGGAUCUAGGUUAAAAGUAAAGACCCUUGUUCUGGUCCUAAUUGUGUGCCUCAGGCCUAUAGAUUCGUCUAAGGCUAUGAGAGUUGGCAGGAAAUGCAUUUUGGCUCUGCUUUCCUCUAAUCCAUUCCUUUUACUCACAGUGGACAAUGCUAGAAAUUAAUGAGGUGCCCAUGCCCCAGAGGUUCUAGGUUUGAGAUUUACUCCAGGAUAUGUCCAGGAGGGUGUAAAAUGCUGAACCUAAUUUGACUUCCUUAUUUGAAGAUUUUCCUCCGUAAGGCUGGAGAUGCCUUGAAGUUAAAUUUCAGAUCAUCGUCCUAACAGACCACAUACCUAAGUCCCUUUGGGAGCCCACUUGCUCCCACAGCUGUUGGUAGAAUAGACGUCUAUAACCCACCUCCCUUCGUGGUGGCAUUUUCAGCCCUACUGUGUCUCUCUUAGGGUUUGUACUUUGGAACUAAAUUCACAGAAAUUGUAAGGAAAGGUUCAAGGCCAGAAUCAGCUUUGCUCCCUUCAGACACGGCCUAGCGCCAUGGAUAACUUUAGGCUUAUUUUCAGGCAGAUCUGAUCUCCAAUCCUGUUCUGUCUAUAACUAGUCACAGGUCCUCCGUCUAGAUGGCAUCAUCUUUAAAAGCCUCAGUUUGCACCACUAGAAAGUGGCAUUCACAAUGUCCACUGUGCCUUUUGUGAUGACGAUUAAGGAUAAUAUAGGUUCUGAUUGCUAUUGCUGAGCCUGGAGAUUCAUAGAUGCACAGCAGAUGUCGUUAUGAGGGUUUCACAUCCAGAAAACGCUCUCCAGGACCCCCCCACACACACACACACACACACUACACAGAAGGAGCUGUGCCCUGAUGCCACAGCCUUUGGGGUCUGAUUGUAAAGGGUGCUGGCUGGCUCUCUCCUUUCAUGCUCUGCGGUUCAUUUCCAAUAAGCCUCAGUUAUGCAGUUGAGCCAGCUGGAGUUUAGUGCCCAUCAUGCUAUUGAGCAGCUUAUUUAUAAUGUGCUUUACCAUAAUAUUGCAAGGAAAAGUAAUUACUAUAUGAAAAGGAAAGUCACUGUGACUUUUUGUUAGGGAAACAAUUGUAAUUCGUAGCUCCCUGCUUGGUGCCUGUGCAAGAGGACCCUUCUGCAGGCCGGUAGCAUCUAAUCCACCUGAAAUAGGUUAACUCAACAGGUAAUUUCUACCUGUUCAUAUUCAGAUGCCUUAGUGCUUGCUGCACAGAGCCAUUUGGCCACACAAUGAAACUGCCCACGAGGUAGUGGCCUCCUAGCUGCCCAAUAGAUUGUGGAGGAAACGGAAUGCUGUAAUAGAUCUAACGGAAAGGAACCUCCCAGGGUGAUCUGAUGAUAAAUUCCUACCUGGGCAGGUCAUGGUGGUAGUCACGCCCCAGGCCUAUAACUUCUUUAGUGAAAGGCUUAUCUUUGCCUUAAGCACACCUGCCCAUUGAUUCUGUGCAUCUAGUAAACACACCUUUGAAAUAAACUUAACCACCCUCCGCAAAGCAGGUGAUCUUACUCUCCUGUAAUCCAGUCCCCAUGUUGCUUUCUCCCACCUUCAUGUAAUCUUCCUUUCUUUCCCUCCUUAAAUCCAAUACAUAAAAGAAACU